AGAGAAACAGCAAAACUCGUCACAGGAAUAAAACGACUUCUGGCAUCCCGUUUGGACAAAGAUUAUGCAAAAGUCAUACAUUUAAAUAAAAAAGCCGUUUGUCCUCACCAGAGUAGAUUUUAAAAAAAUGUUUAUUUAUUUAUUUAGUUAGUUAGUGAGGCAGGAUGAAGUUAUAAGGAAGAGGAUUUUCACACCAGUCUGGGUUCAAGGGUUUGGACUUUUACGCGCAAUGGAAUUAGUGUUGAGCAGUCGAGCCGUCCCGCUGCUGAUUAUCUGCACGUUUUUAAGUUUUCUGUGUGGCUCUGGAGGAGAAGUCCCACCACCACCCACCUCAGGUGUCACGCUGCUGCCUCCAGUGAAGCCUGAUCAUGGACCUCAUGCCUACCCAGAAGCUGAAAAGUCCAAUUUGCCCACGUUUACAAUGGAUUACCCAAGAAUACAGAUCCCAUUUGAGAUCACUUUAUGGAUGCUGCUGGCUUCAUUUUCUAAAAUUGGUUUUCAAGUGUAUCAUAAGAUCACUGUGUGGGUGCCGGAGUCCUGCCUUCUUGUAAGCAUUGGUCUGAUUGUGGGGGGCAUCAUGCAUGCAGUCCGUGAAGAGCCUCCAGCUGUGCUCACCAGCAAUGUCUUCUUCCUCUACAUGCUCCCUCCAAUUGUCCUCGACUCUGGUUACUUCAUGCCCACCAGGCUUUUCUUUGAGAACAUAGGCACGGUGUUCUGGUUCGCAGUGAUGGGCACCCUGUGGAACAGCAUCGGCAUCGGAAUCUCUCUUUUCACUAUUUGCCAGAUCGAGGCUUUUGAGGUGCAGGACAUCAACCUCCAGGAGAAUCUACUGUUCGCCUCCAUCAUCUCAGCCGUGGACCCUGUUGCCGUGCUCAGCGUGUUUGAAGAUGUGUCCGUGAACGAGCAGCUCUACAUCGUGUUGUUUGGAGAAUGCCUCUUCAAUGAUGCGGUCACUGUGGUGUUGUACAACAUGUUCAGCUUUGUGGCGAACAUGCCAAUAGUGGAGCCUGUGGAUGUGUUCCUGGGAGUGGCCAGGUUCUUCGUGGUCGGACUCGGGGGGAUGGCCUUUGGCGUCCUGUUCGGCUUCUUGGCCGCCUUCACGACAAGGUUCACCUCCAAGGUCAAAGAGAUUGAACCCCUCUUCAUAUUCAUGUACAGCUACCUGGCGUAUCUGGUGUCCGAACUAUUUUCCAUCUCGUCCAUCAUGGCCAUUGUUUGCUGUGCGCUCACCAUGAAGUACUACGUUGAGGAGAACGUUUCUCAGCAUUCCUGCACAACCAUCCGACACGUGAUCAAGAUGCUCGGCUCCAUCUCGGAGACCCUUAUCUUCUUCUUCCUGGGUGUUGUUGCCAUAACAACAGAACAUGAGUGGAACUGGGCCUACAUUCUCUUCACGUUGUUGUUUGCUUUCGUGUGGAGAGGUCUGGGUAUUUUAGUGCUGACUCAGAUCAUUAACCCUUUCCGCACCAUCUCCUUCAACCUGAAAGAUCAGUUUGGUAUGGCCUAUGGAGGACUGCGGGGGGCCAUUUCAUUCGCUCUGGCCUUCACUCUUCCUGACACUAUUGGUCGAAAGCCACUCUUUGUCACUGCCACCAUUGCAAUCAUUAUCUUCACUGUCUUUCUACAGGGGAUCAGUAUCCGACCUUUGAUUGAGUUAAUCAACGUUCGCAGAACAAACCGUAACUUGGAAACCAUCAAUGUAGAGAUUCACUGCAGGCUCAUGGAGCACACAAUGGCAGGAAUAGAGGAUCUGUGUGGGCAGUGGAGUCAUUUCUACUGGAAAGACAAGUUUAUGAAGUUCAACAACCGAAUCCUGCGCAAGAUCCUUAUCCGUGACAACAGAGCUGAGUCUAGUAUAGUUGCACUCUACAAGAAGCUGGAGCUGCAGAACGCCAUGGAGAUCCUGGACACAGUGACAGGAGACAGCAGUGCUGCUCCGUCCAUCGUCUCCCUCCAUGGAGAAAAGCAAGAGUCUGCUAAAUCUAAGAAGAAAUUCUUUGCUGAAGACUUGAAGAACAUGCACAACAUCCUGUCCAAGAACAUGUACAAGAUCAGGCAACGGACCGUUGCAUAUACAACAAAGUACGCCCUGCCCAACGACAGCCAGCCCAGAGAGAUCUUAAUCAGACGUCACACCAGUGUCCGCCGAAGCCUCCGACCUGGAAGCUUUCGAUCUGAGGUAAGCAUGAUGCCCAGGUCACAGAAAUAUUUCUCACUUCCUGCUGGACAGGAAUUAGAGUCAAAGUUUCCUUCGGCAGGACGAAGUAAUGCUGGUAACCAGGAAACCAUGUCGGAAGUGGCCUACCCCGCUCGGCGCUCUCGUUUCGGUCAACCCAAACGUUCCUCUUCUGGAGCCACGGUGCCUCUGCAGCGGCUGGACACCCUGAAGGAGGUCCCCUCUGUUGAUGUUCUGAAUGAGACGGGCAGGAUGAGGCGCGUCAUGCCCCGAACCAACUCCUCCGACAGAGAAUCCCACGUACCGACUCCUCAACGUCAUUUUAACCUUCCUGUUGAUGACAGCAGCUCAGCUGACAGGAGGGACGAUCAAAGCGAGGCAGACGAGCAGAAGAAGCAACCUUUGUCUCCAGCCUGGGCAGCUGAACCCAGAGACGGCACACCUCAAAACCCUCUGCUCAGGCGGCCAAAGUGGCACCCAAAUAAAUAA